UUUCUCAAAACCCAACUACCCGGGCUAGCUUAUCUUUACGAAAGCGUUAACCAUCCAAAAUGACAAAUAUCCAUCCAAGAAAACUUUACAAACAACUACUGUAGUGCCAAAACCACGAAAAUCCCAGCAAAUUCAUCUUUAACUUCAACAAGACCCAGCUCCCUAAUGGAUUCAACCUUAAUUUCAUUCUCUCUUCCAUCUAACUCACUGCUUCUUAUACUUCAUUUAGCUCUCUUUCUACCUUCUGUCAGACCCUUCUCAGAUUACAGCACCUUGGUAUACAAGAAUUGUGCAAGCCAAACUUUCACAGAUCCAACAAAAUCUUACACACAGACCCUUUCUGCCUUUUUCCAUGAGCUCCUGGCGCACUCCUCCCAGUCUAAGUUCUUCAAAGCCGUUGAAAUUUACAAUGAGAUGGCCAUUUCUGGCCUCUUUCAAUGCAGAGGCGAUAUCAAUGAUGAGGAGUGUUACGAUUGUGUUAAUGCGCUUUCUCAAAUCUCAAAUAGCUUGUGCAGCCAAUCCAUGGCAGCUCGGGUUCAGCUUUUAGGGUGCUAUACGCACUAUGAAGCCGAUGGUUUUCAUCAAACUAGCACUUCAAAAACUAAUUUUCUCUUCAAGAAUUGUGGGAAACCGGAUGAUGAGGUGGCUGUUAGCUUUGCUGAGAUUAGAGACGCGGCCUUUGCAGCAAUGGAAAGUGGUGUUGUGAGCGGUAAUGGCUUCUAUUCAAGCAGUUACGACAAAGUGCAAGUUAUGGCGCAGUGUGAGGGUGAUUUAAGGGAUUGUGAUUGUGGAGAAUGCGUGAGCAGCGCAGUGCAGAUUGCUCAGGAAGAAUGUGGUAGUUCUGUUGCAGGAGAAAUCUAUUUCGACAAGUGCUUUAUGAGCUAUUCCUACUCUCCGGAUGGGAUACCAGAGAAUAGGAGAGGAAAGAACAAUAACAGUACGAAAACUACCGCAAUUGUUGUUGGAGGGGCGGCAGCUAUAUUUUUUGGGUUUAUUUUCUUCUUGUUUAUCAAGUCGUGGGGAAAGAAAGGUGACGAUUGAGUACUAUAGGUCGUGGAAAAGUUAUUAAAAUCGUCUAUCUUUAGUUUAUUGUAUCCUUUUCCUCAAUUUGUUUUUCUUAGAAUGUGGAAUUUUUUUGUUCUGUCGGGGCUAUAUACGGGCAGGUGCUCUGUGGAUCAGCAAUUUGUCGAAAGGAAUUGUAUUAAAAUAUGUACUCUUGUUGUCUUCUUUUGUUUUGUCUUUUUUGGUUUUUCCGCCCUUUCUUAGCUGCGUUCGGUGCGCUACUGCACCCGACUUCUUCUUUUAACUGAACAAGGAAUGAGAUUUAAAAAGGGAGUGUUUAAGUUCGGUUUGUCAA